CCGUUUUUACCUUAAAGCAGCAUUAUUUUAUUAUUUUAUUAUUUUUAUUGUAUAUUAUGCACAAGCUCAAUUUUUUUCAGUGGUGGACCACCUUGGCCAUCCUAUUUGUAUGCGUAACACAGCAGGUAUCUGUACACGCUCAAAUACGCGCACAAGUACAAGCACAGGUACAAGUACAAGCACAAGUUUCAAGCAUUGGCAAUAUGGUAGAGAAUAAUGCAUCCCUAACAAGUCACAGUUUAUCUAAUUUAAGCCUAGAACCAACAAAGGUUUUUCGUGAGAUAUACUAUGAACCAAUAGAGGAUAAUUUGACAGGCACAUACACACAGUCAGAAUUGCUGAGCAACGUGCCUGUAGCUAAACAGCUGGCAGCAGAUGGGUACAACAUAAUUACAACUACUACAACUACAACUACAACUACAACUACAACCACGUCUACAUCCACAUCUACAUUAACAUCAACAACCACGUUGACAAUCACAUCCACAAUUAAGGCAAUUCCAGUGUUUGUAACGUGGCCUCCAAAUACAAUAUACGGAAAUACAGUAACAGAGACAGCCUUGCCAGUAACAAAGACAACCACAGUUUACGCCGCCACACCAUUACCCAGCUCUGUACUGCCUGUGACUGUAACCACCACGGUGCCCGGAAUGACCUUUACAACAACAACCACGGACACAGAAACAAGCACAACAACGUAUAUACCAGACAUGUCUGUGACAACAACAACAACAACAGAGACAGAAACAUUUACAACAACUAAGAUGACAACUAUCACUAAAACAGAGGAUGUCAUGAGCACAGUAACUGAAGAAAUUAAUGAAACAACAACGGAAACCGUAACUGGAAAGUCAAAUAUUGUUACAUUUACAGCUCAGGUGAACUAUUGGUCCACAGUUACCAAAACAGCUACUGAAACAAAAUUAGCACCGGUUUUUAAUGGCGGCUUUGGAGCUAUCGAUGCUGCCACUGUAAAGCCUGACUAUGGCGUUGUAACUUUCUUUGAUCCUAUAGAUGGUAGGGUAACCCUCUUGGUUACUUGGAUGAAUUAAUUCUUUGGAAACUGUGAGCGUAUUCUUUAACUAGCAAAUUUUGAAUUUUG